AUGCAACCCCUGAAUCCCUUCCUAGCCGCCUUCUUCAAGCCCGGCAGUCCUAUUGUCACCCAGUGCACUCCCGUUCAUCACCACAUUCUCCUAGUCCCGACAACCGAAUUCUUCCUUACCUCCCGCGAAACCGAAAGCGGCCUAUCUCUGUCAGACAUUGUUGGGUCUGAAGAUUUUCUGGGAAGCCAUGUACUUCGCAUUCCCAGUCCGGCCACCGCUGCGGGAGGGAAGGACUCCGUCGGAAACUUGCGCGAGCAGAGGGGCAAGGCCAGACAAUACUCAACCUUGAAUGGGCGUAGCGUUGUCGUUAAAGAUGCUUUUAUUUAUAGCAACAAGGGGUUCAAAACACUUUCCCAAGCACAAUUACUAAACGACACUCUCUGGUAUGCCGACAGCAUCGAGCCGCGGCAAUGGUUAAUAUAUUAUAUCUCGCGACCUUUGGUCGGCAUCUGGGUAGAUAAGGAGGUGCCGCGUGCUAUUUUCAUAGAAGGCAUGGCAAAAGCUAAACUCGCAGAGACCAAGCGAGCUGCUGCUGUUGAAAGUGGCGAACCGAGUACCCCGCGGAAGAAGGAUAUAAAGAGUUUUCAUGAUCUUCUCAACCAUUUCCCAAUGAUUGCAAGGCAGAUGCAUCCUGGGUUAGAAAAGUUAUUCCGAGAAUUUACGACAAUUUUCGAGAGACCGCUGCCCCCUCCGCCGUCUGCAACACACAUUCCUGAUCCUAUCCCAGACGGACCUAUAGCGACAGCUAUGAAGAAGGUGCGCUCAAAUAGCUUAUCUGUACGAAGAACUAGCGUAGAAGACGACGAAAGUACCCGAACAACUGAGAGUUUCUACACCGAAGAUGAUGAGGAUGUUAUGAGAGCUUCACUUGAGACGGCAGUCACGAGUGCUAUCGAUCUAUUUCAAAGUGUUGACAAGCAGCAGCUUUCUAUGCUUGGGGCGACAACCGAUCUUACUGGCCCAGUGGUUGAACGGCUAAUAGAACGGUACGUGGCUGAGAAUGUUCAUAAUCUUAUAUGGCCUCGACUUGCUGCGAUGCGACGACCAGAGGACCUCGAGCUUGAAGCAAAAAUUCGACAAAUGGAAUUUAUCGAUAUUUCGCAGCUGGGAAUCUUUAUUGAAGGUGGUCCUAGAGCGAAACAUGGGCUUACGGUUAGACUCAGCCACGCCGUCGAAGAAUUUCGCAGGAUGUCCUCAGCGAUGUGUCCACAGGAGAUGAUGGAAAUCUUGUUGUCGACAAUGAAAGCCGCAGCACAAUUGACCGAACAAUCCAAACCAAACGCCGGAUCUAGUACGACAGAAAAGUCCACUCUCACUGUCAACGCUGAUACUCUAGUGUCACUGCUCCUCUUCGUUGUGAUCCGGGCCGGUGUAAAAUACCUUCAGGCCAGGUUACUUUAUAUAAAACACUUCGUCUUCAUUGAUGAUGUAGAUAGUGGCGAGUUAGGUUAUGCCAUUAGUACAUUCGAAGGAGUACUCUCAUACCUCUCCACGGACUCGAGUAGCCUACGAAGAGCGAGUCGCCGGAACAAAGGUCUCUGGGACGCAGCCGCGAAAGGCGAUAUGAAUGAGCUCAAAAAGAUGAUGGAUCCAGAUCCAGAUGCUAUCAGUUUCGAUGCUGACGAAGAAGAACCCUCAGCGUCUCCAGUUUCGAGUCGUUCGCCAUCAAUCAGCUGGAGUAUGGUUAAUGGCUCCUCCAGGAGAUCUUCAACAGCAUUUACACCAUCCGACUCAUAUUCCCGUGGGUCGGGGCUGAGCCAUGUAUUUCCAUUUCAGAACCAGACCCUAGAAGAUUCUCCAAUGCCCCCCAUGAAGAAAAUCAAGAGAGUUGCCAUGGACACUAGGAGCAUGUCAAGCGGCUCAGAGUUUUCGUAUCAUUCUAGGGCAGGUAGUAUUAUUACUCUAGGAAGUGGCCUUGAAGGCGAUACGUCAAUUGAACGGCUCUGUCAAACUGAAGAUUCUCUUGGGGAAUCUAUUCUAAUGAUGGCGGUCCAAAAUGGUCAGCCAGAGGUACUCAGAUACCUGCUCUCACUCGAAGAUUAUUUCCCACCCAGCACCCUUUUGGACGACUCUAAUAACGAAGGCACCAAUCUUCUAAGCGCUGCUGUUCAGCUGGGCCACACCGAGUUAAUUGAUGUUAUCCUAGACUUUGUGAUAGCAUCAGCUUCUGAGCCGCAGAUUCGGAAUUACUUAUCCCUGCAAGACACUCGGGGUCGCAGCGUCGCACACUACCUAUUCCACGCACCAUCUCUAAUCGGCCGCAUUGGUAAGUUACUCCCUUGGCGACAAAAGGAUAGAAAUGGCCAAACACCAUUGUUCGCGCUCUGUCGGUCGUACGACCACCAAAAUUACCAUGAUAUGGUCGAGGCCGGUCUCGAAGCAGCGACCGGUGCACAGGGCGAUGGCCAACCACUCCACAUAGACGAGCAUGUUGAUUCAAAAGGGAAUACUCUCUUGCAUAUCAUCAAUGACCACCAACUAGCAGUGAAAAUCCUUAUGCAGUGCGACAUCGAUGUCAACGCUACAAACGAUAGGAAAUUCACUGCGCUAAUGGUAGCUAGUAAAUACGGUCGCUUUGAGAUGGUAAGGGUGAUGUACUCGGAUCCAAGGGUGGACGUAGCCGCGAAGGAGCUACGUGGGCUUACUGCGGUAGAACUGGCGAAGGAUGACGACGUUCGGAAUAGAAUCGACGACCUCACACUCUUUACCAUGCCGCCUGCUGAUGACGGACGUAUCACUGGCGUUGUUAGAUCCUUCUUCGUGGAAGACGCUACUAUUCGGCUAGUUCUCAAGUCGGGAGCUCCUGCAGAUGACGAUAGUUACACGGUCACUACAUGCCGUCGCUCUUUUACAGAUUUUGAGCGUCUAGCCCACUUGCUAUCUAUCGAGAAUCCAGCGUCGUGGAUCCCGAAAGUCACAAGCCAACGGUCACCAUUCCAGAUUCCUUCGAAGCCUUCGAGGGCCGUCCUGAAGGACAUACAAAUACGAACUGAUUCGUUUCUUAAGAUACUUUUAGCUCAUCCUACCUUUGCGACACAUGAGAUGUUGUGGGAAUUCUUUUUAGUGCCCGAUUUACAAGCCGACAUGAUGGAACAACGCAGCAGACUAAAAGCUGAGACGAGAGCCGAAAAAGUGCGAGAUGAGUUGGAACCUCUAGAAGAUAUUCGCGAAGUAGAACAAUUUGUGGAACACGCCCGAGAUAUGGUCCGCAGUGUUAAUUAUUCGACUAAGAGUGUUGCGCGAAGGACCAAUGCUAUCGGCGUCGUCACAAAUGAUUUCUAUGAUGCAGCGAGUUUAGUUUCACGAGACGUUAAUAAUCUUGCAUUUCUACCUCAAACGCACAUCUCUGCGUUUGACGCUUAUGUUCGAGCGCUUGUUCCCCCGCAAUCUAAUCCGUCAUAUCCAUUUCACAGUUCCUUUUCAGCUCUUCAAUCUACUAUACAAGCCAUGCUAUCGUCAUUAUCCCGGCCAUUACAGCUUGUAACCCAAAUAGUAUCUUCUCGUAAGGCGAUAGAACGUAACUAUAGUUCCGUUUCGCGCUCAACAAGAUGGCCACUCGGGCUACUUGAUGAAACCCGCCAGCGUCUCAAUGAGGAAAGGGAAGAAAAAGCAAGGCGUGCUCAGACAGAGGUAGACGUCCUAAGCAAGGAGCUUCGAUACACACAACAGACAGUAGCAAGUGAACUAGCGGGAUGGGAGGAUAUGCAUGAGCGUAUGGGCCGUAGAGCCAUAAAGGAGUUCGCUAGAGGUAUGCUCAUCUUGGAGCGUGAGCGACUACAGGGUAUUCGUAGAGCGCAGCGGAAACUGCAAGAUUUAGGAUCGGCUUUUAACAAUGAAGCUCAUGAGUCAGGAAUUGAUCCCAAUGAUACCGCGGUAAUGGAAAAUGGCGUUGACGAUGAUGUCGGAGGCAGCGAAUCUAGUACAAUGAGCGAGGCGUUCGUGGAUAGAUUAGACUAG